AUGUGUUAUAACACUGCAAGUUUAGUGCUGUUACUAAUUAUUUCGUACAAUGCUGUAUCGGCUCAAAAUGUUUCCGAUAUUUUAAAAUCCGUCGUAGUUUUUCGAGGAUGUCUUAAACAUAAGCACUCAGUAGUAUGUAUGAAGGAAAAAGCAUUAGAAAUUUUGAAUGAAACUAUAAUGAAUGAUAAUCCAAUGCACAUUGGUUUCUUAGAAAUACAGAGAAACCCGGAUUUCUUUAUUAAUUCAACUGAAAAUGAAGUUUUGCCUCGAGAAGCAAGUGAAAGAAGUUCCAGACUUAGCGAUAUUAUUUUAAACAAAAUAGAACAAUUUUUCAAGUCACGGACAGUGAAAUUAAAUCUGUCAGAUGCCUUUGAAGGUCGAAAAGGAGGUGGUGGUGGAGGGGGAGGAGGAGGUAAAGGUGGUAAAGGCGGUGCGAUGGCUAUGAUGGCUAUAGCCGGUAUGGGUGCAAUGAUGGCAAAUAUGAUGAUGGGCAAAAUGGCAUUAAUGUCCGGGUCGGCUCUAAUGAUUGCAAAAAUAUCUCUAAUUUUGUCGAUAAUCAUGAUUGUCAAGAAAAUGCAAGGAAGUGGUGGAGGAGGUGGUGAAGAAAAACAUAUAGUGUAUGCUACAUCGAGUGACUCUGGUCAUAGUCAUGGAGGUGGAGGAGGAUGGCAUCGAAGUCUAGAGGAUGCCCAAAAUAUAGUUUAUCGAGGACAGUGGGGACCUUCUUCUUCAGAAAAUGGUUCAGGUUUAUAA